AUGUUCGCUCGAGCGGAUGAAAUCUUCGGUGGUAUCGACCACGUCUUUGCCAACGCUGGCGUCGGCCCGACCACGGACUUUUGGGGUAUAAAACUCAACGACGACGGGCAACUCGAGCCUCCCCCUCUCCGAACUAUCAAUGUCAAUCUCAUCGGCCCACUAUACACAAUUAACUUGGCGCAGGCCUAUAUGAGACAACUUGCAAGCCGUCGUCCUAUGAUGAAAACAGGCAGUGUUGUCCUCGCAGCCUCUGCUGUUUCCUUCCAAAACUUCAGUGCUGGCGACUAUACAAUCGCCAAGCACGGUAUUUUAGGCAUGAUCCGUGGUCUAGUGCACAAGCUUGAAGCAGACGGUAGAAUUCGAUUGAACGCGGUCGCACCCUCUUGGACUAGGACACGGAUGGCCCCGAUGGAAAUUAUUCAGGCUAUGGGUGUGCCAGUUCAGUCGCCUGAGGCUGUUGCGCAGAAUGUGGUGCUGCUUUUCGCUGAUGAGACUCGGCACGGAGAAGUCAUCUACAGCUCGCAGGGAAAGUUUUUGGAGAUCAAUAAAGCUGAUGGUGGGCUUUUAUCGAUGACGAAGGGGCUGCUCUAUGAUGAUGACAAUCUGGAGGGUGUGAUGCGAAAUGUGCAUGAGCAAAUCGCUAAAGCUUAA